CGAACGAGAGCGGUUUGUUGCUCCGCACGAUCGCGGGGUCGGGCAGGCGACCGUUGGUGCAACGAAGCGACGACGGGUCCCUACUCCCCCGGGGCAGUGGGAGGCGUCAGACGGCAACGGAGACUGGGUCGGCGGAAGCUAAGUGAGAAAGACGACUGUCGGGGCUUUCCGGAGACGACUAGCAUCGUUACGGUGUAGAAGAUUCUCCAGUAUGGAUCACUGCCGCAGAGGGAAGUGAAGGCAUUCCAAAAGUUGGGAACCACAAGUCAAACAGGGGUCCCGUGUUAGCACCACUGACGGACAAGUGGUCGAUGCUGGGACAGACGGUGGAGGUCAGCACGUCCAGCAGACCAUCAGCCAAAGACAAGUGACGUGAUCUGCACAGCAAACGCGACAUGGGACCCCUGGGUCCUGACAGCGGGCUCGCGAGGGACCCCGCUGUGGCGACGUCGCCUCCGCCUGGCGCUUUCGGCUCGCACCAGCGGUGCAAGGCUGCCGCCGCGCGCCGGCUGCCGCCGCUGCACGCCAGCCCCUACUCGGCGGCCGUGGCGCGACGCAACGAGCGCGAGCGCAAGCGCGUGCACCUGGUCAACAUGGGGUUCGCGUCCCUGCGCUCCCACCUGCCCGACUGGCCCGUGGCGUCCAAGAAGCUGAGCAAAGUGGAGACGCUGCGCUCGGCCGUCGACUACAUCACGAGGCUCAAGGAGUUGCUGGGAGAAGCGGCCCGGGAGAACCUCCGACCACCGUCGUCCCUGGCGUCCCCGAUGCCCUCGGACCCCGGCCCUAGUCCUAGUCCAGACACGAGCGUCACUGGGCACUGCGGAGCGGGUUCAAGCGAUGCACUUAGCUGUGCCGCGAGGUCGGUGACGCCGAUGAGCCUAGCGGAUGAAUUGGAAGCUUCCAACGAUGCCGGUGGAGACGAGAACAAUCAUCACUUCCUGGAACUGGCGCACUGGUUUGGCUACACUUCUUAGUGGGACUAAAAGGCACCGUUCGAUUGUUCGUGUGCCAUAGACACUCGUUGAAUGGUCAUUUUCAUGAGCCGUUGUGUUCUGCGUUCGUUCAGCGCCAGUAUUAACAUUGUUCCAAAUGACUGACAAAAGUGUGAAGGUGCCACCGGAGGAGGCUACAGUCAAAGGAAUCGAUCUCCAUCGUUGCAGAAGACUCCGAGCUCUGGUUACCGCGCCACAGCGCUGCUCGGUCCCCACCCUCUUGGUACCGGAAAAGACGUGGGUGCUCACUGGCUCCAUCUUCCUUUCGAACAUCAGAUCCAAGGAGGCUCUGAGCGCUGUCUGUCGAUACAUCGCACCCUCCUCCGUCGAAAACUGUGUUCAUGAUGCCCCGAACAAGGCGAUAUUGUAUGUGUCCCUUAAAUUAUACAUUAGGCCAAUCUGUGUGUACACAGAGGAUCGUUGUGCCAUUGUUUUCAGAAAGCAAAAUGGAAUGUGUUAUACACUCUUUUACAAUUAUCCAUUUUACAAUGACGCGGUCACGGUGAAACACACUUUGUCUGUUUGUGUUUAUCGAGACUGUAUCUAGAGGCUUUCAGAAAGCCGUUCGUGUCUCCGGUUACCGUGCAUUUAAAUUCGCAUAACUAUUUAUGUAACUGAUAGUAGGACUUUUCUCCGUAGUGAUGAGACCUCCAUCACGUUAUGUGCCUGCGGUGAAAGCGUGACUUUCAACAGACUAUUUUUUUAGAAAUGAGAACGGUGCAACGCGUCUUUUAUUUGCUUCGAAUUCUCUACAAGUUUGCCAGCGUGUACCAGUGUUAUGUGUGGUUUUUCUCCCACAAUUUUUGAUGCGUUAGGAAGUGAAACACACUGGUUUCUUUUGAGAUGUGAUGACAUCUUUCUGCCUUUUAGGUGCUGAAAAUGAGGGCUAACUUAUUCCGGAUACAGUCCGCAGUUAUUAUUUAAUAUUUUGCAUAUAGUUAGCUUCAGACGACCGGCAAAACCAACAGAUCUAUGGUCAAGCAAUGCUGUGAGCCAUAGGACUUACAUGUUGGUCUGAAUCAUUUCUUGAAAAGGAACGCCGACACCUAACUUCGAGACAGAAUGUAUGUGGUUAGUGUGUUUACUAAUUAUGUUGUGAAGAAAUAAUAUACAGUUGGCAUAGAAUACAGCGUAUUAAAAGGCAAUGUGAUUUAGAAAUGAUUUCGCGAACCAAUAUGCCUAUAAGGCAGGUUCGUUCAUUUAACAUGAAAGGAGAUAAGUAUUUUUUCUGGAUUGAGUGCAAAUUGUGUUCUGUUAGUUAUAAUACACAUUUGGUGCGCUGUAUUGGCAGUGCUUAGGAGAAUAUAACUUGUUCUUGCUUCUACUGUGCAAAGGCAGGCACAUAUCGUCAGUCAAUGUUCUGGAAGUCUUGAUAAUACCUCUGUAGCUUUGAGUAAGCUGCCGGUUUCUUAACCGAUGAACAUUUUCUAUUUUCGUGAAGUAGUUGUACUUCGAUUCAAACCUUGGGAUCGAAUUCUGCGGUUGGGCAGGCGUUGUAGCCCUAAACGUUGGUCAACGUUUCGUGUCUUAUCAACCAUGUAUAGUCAGUCAUUCUAAGGGCAUUAUUUUACGCAGCUCUUUGUUGCGCCGUAGUCAUGAAUGUGGCAACUUACUUCUGUGGAAGUCGUGCAAAUGUACAAUGAAAAAAGUAGCUAAACGUAGCAUUAUCUAGACAAGGUUGCAAUUCAUUUCUGAAAGCACUGCUGCAGUUAGUAACGACUACAAACCUCCACAAGCUGCGUUAGCCUUACUUGGUCUUUAUUUGCGGCACGUGAUCACCUGGUGUGAUCAUCUCACUGUAAUCUCCCUCUCUAUGUCUCUCUCUAUUUUUUGUCCCUUUUGACCAUUCUCUUCGCUGGCCCCUGGCGAAUAGUAGCAAGCCACAUUUUCUGUUCUUGUUAAUCUGCCUGCUUUUCUUAUGUUUUUCGUCUCUUUCGCUCUACAUGGCCGCCGCAAAUGUAUGUCGUUUGGUUGUUGAUUUUCAACCGUUUUCUCAAACCAUCUUUCUCGUCCACUGUGUUUAGGCGUACCCGCUCAGCCUCACCGGAGGAAGAAUGCGCCCAUCGUGUUUUAUAUCAUCUCGCUGAUGAGCUGCCAGGAAGGAAGUCCUUCGGUUACGACACUGUGUAGCUGCACAAAAUAGAACUAGUGCGGCAAACAAAAACGCUAUUAUUCAGUUUGUCUCCAUAAAUAACUUCGAUAUUAAAUUUACCACUCAGGAAUUUGUUCCGAGCAUUUCGUCAAAUUGUGGCGUCAGAUUUAAAGUCACGGUCACUAAAAAAUGCAGCUUGGCUUCGCGGUGGUCUGCGGAGCAUGUGACAUAAGCUAAAUGACGUGGCCGAGCUACAGGGGCCUGCGCUGCGCGUGCCAAGGGGCCCUUCGCGCCUGGUCCGUGGAAGGCAAGUCCAUCGUUAUGCAGCCAAGCAUCAGCGAAGCGGACACGUUAGCGCACUCAGUGUGGAUGGUUGUGCGCUCGAGCGCCGUCGCACUGUGCGCCCGAGAGGAUAGGACCUGAAAAACGGACAGUUAAAAAAUGCAGAAAUGAAACAAGGAGCAUGCAAUAAUGUGCGCAUUUAUCGUAAUUUUUUUGCGUCUUCUCUCUUGCCAACCAUGGUCGAAUGGUCUCGUAUGCACUGCGCGGCUGUCGUGUUCGAUAAUAGCGCCUUGCAAGCACAAGCCUUUAUUGUUAUGAUAUGCUGUCAUGUUACAUAAGCAUUCAUAUCACCACACAUCAGAAUGCAUGGUGAUAUAUUGUCAGUACCAUACUACGUUGAAUUACCUCGGCCUAACUUUAUUUCAUGCUCACUGCGCUGUCGACUUAUGCUGUUGGAAAACCACGAGGGGAAGUUCAUUGCAGGUAAUUGUCACAUAAAACCUUGCCGGACGCGUUAAGGAGUUCAGGUAGGUGCCUUAUGCCUUGCAGUUAUGUCCGUUAAGGAACAAUGACGGUUACGUGUCCUUUUGAGAAGAACUUUGCGAGUUGAAACAAUAAAAGGUAUCCGAAGAAAACCCACAGACAACUUCCGUUUAAACAGAUCAGCUACCUCAGUUACUCUUACAAAGCUGGAUAGUUUGUCUAUUUUAGUGCAUAGAUCCAGAAUACCGAUGAUCAUCCUUUCUAUUGAUUAUAUCCAUGGCAAGUACAUGGUAGGGGUAGGUUUCGGACUCCUUGCUUAAACAUACGCAUUAUAGUUUUGUAUACAAUAGAAGAAUCUUUUGCAGAUCUGGCGUACUUGCCCACUUUCAUAAGACAAAAGAACCUAUGCCAGAUGUGCUGGUUUUACCCUGCAUGUCAUACAUAUUUAAAUAUUCGUUUCAUGACGAUCAAAGCUAUCUGUAAGAGAGCGUGAGAGUUUCAUUGAACAUUCUCAUAAUUUCCUGGUUUUCUCCUCGUUUUCUACAAAGCGUCUGUACAAAAUGGCUAAGAUAUUGAGAUGCCUGCUGCACUUUGUUGAGUCACUCCCGUGUUGAGUGACAUAUUCCUUUGCGUGGUAGACAGGUUUUUCUGUAGUGCUGAAAUAAGGACAGGUACGAGAUGUAAUGAAUCUGAUAAAAUACUGAAAUAAAAGAGCUCAACAGUCAUUCGCAUGUGUUGUUCCACUGAGUAAUCAGGUGUAGUUUUCGGACUCCUCUUUGCAAAUAAUGUGUGGUCACAUUGGCUGCCCCUUUCCUCCAAUAUCUAAAAAGAAAUCACAGGCUCAAUAUUAGGACUGGUUUUUUCGAAACGAUAUCGCCAGCAGCGUCACCAGUAUGGCUAAAAACACGAGCAUUCCUUUUUCAUUGGGUUCACUAACACAAAUUAUUAGGAAAAACAAAAUAAAUUUCUUUUUCUGUACGGAUUUCAUGCCCUUUCAAUAACGGAUGCUAACCAGUUUCACAUGGACGUCAAGUUUUCCGCACACAAUUGGAAGCGAAGCACAUUUGUAGCUACUUACACAGAGGCACCGGAAAUGAAAUAAUUGCCGUCACAGUGUGCUAUCAAAUACGAACCAUCUUACUAUACUUUUUCAUUCAUGUUUCUCAUGCUUGUACACUGUUCUACAACGCGAAAGUACGCUGCACUUCGCAAAUGCCUGCAUUUAACGGGUGCCGGGUAUUCUUUGAAGAGCAACGUAACAGCGGUGUAGAAUUACAAAUUUGCAUGCCGGAAACAUAGGGCGAGAAAUUACGCAGCAUUGCUCAAAACUUUCAUUACAUUGUUUCCGCAUUACAAUUUUGGCAACCUGAGCAAUAUGCUUAGAAGCUCCUUAGAUGAUGCCACGGAGUAUUUUUUUUUACUAAAAUUGUAUAAUGAAAUUUACAUCUAUUUGUAUUCAAAAUUUUGUUUUGAAUUAAGCCUCGUUUAGAGGUUCGGUUUUUGGCGGCCUGUAACCCCUUGACAAAUGCAGCAAGUAUCACCUUACGCAUGUUUAACUUCCAUGGUAGCAAAAGUUUAUCUUUUCAUUGUAAUCAGUCUACUUUCAUAUUUCAUUUUUGUAAAAAACCGUCACAUGCUUUGUGAAAAUUCAACAUUAUUUGUUUUCGCAAACAAUGUUACUCUUGACGGUCAGAUUAGUAAAAGCAAUAAAGUGUAUUUUUAUACUAUAGCGACUGGGUUUUCCACAUUGUAUAAAUAUUUCAUGUUUCCAUUACACUGGAAGUUUUUCCAAGCGUUGUCGCCACGUACUUGUUUUGAUAAAUGCUUGCUCAUCAGAGAUUGUGAAUGGCCAGUAUCAUCUUGUUCUCAAAAUAAUAAAAAAAUAUUUUUACUGUG